AUGAAGCGAUGUUUGCCGACUACUUCGAAAUCCAGGGUCAAACGCGGUCCGGUGUACGAGGUUAGUAUACAUACUAACCUCGUACUAGUCUGUCUCGAGAGUUGGCCAGAAGAGGGAAGGAAAUCACCAAAUUUUGCAAGAAAAGAACCGGAAAUUACAUCAGAUGAGAGGCCUACGCUUGAAGAGGAAGAUGCCACUGUACACCGGCAUGUCUUUGAUGGAAAUAAUCCAGUCAAAGUCGAGCAUGUCCACAUCGACGGCUUGGGUCGAACCAAAGAUGACCUCGUCAUCCGUCAAAUGAGAGAUGUGUUCCAGGCGAAGACUUUCAAGGAGGUCAUCCAGAAGACCGGAGAAGCUAAGGUCAAACUAGAAGGGCUCGGUGUCUUCAAGUCAGUUGGAGUCUUCAUCGAUACAAGCAAAGGAGAAGGAGCUGGUACCGAUGGCCUAGACGUUACCUUUAACGUGAAAGAGAAACGGAGACUGACAGGUAGCGCGCAUACUGCCGUGGGGAAUAAUGAAGGCAGUCUGGUUCUUGGGGCCAAGAUGCCUAACACGUUUGGCCGAGCUGAGAGUUUAGUCGCUGAGUACUCGAGAGGGACCAAGCAUUCUUCAGGAUUUAAUGUCAUGCUGGUGAAACCCAUUGGAGAGGAAUUUGAUAAGAGAUUAAGAGGUUCAGUCUUCAAGUCUUCAGCUGAUUAUGUCCCCAGCUCUUACCGCGAAACAGGACGAGGUGUCACGCUAGAUUUUACUUUUCCUCAUGUUUUAGGUAUGUCUGAGCUACAGUGGGAGGGGGUAUGGAGAGAGUUGUCUUGCUUGACAAGAACCGCAUCCUUUGCAACCAGAGAACAGUCCGGCCACUCUUUAAAAUCAUCUCUUAAGCACACACUCACACGGGACACAAGAGAUGAGAGGAUUUACCCGUCAGAGGGAUAUCUUUUGAAGCUCAGCCAGGAGGUAGCGGGAUAUACCGGAGGCGAUGUCAAGUUCUGGAAAGAACAAUUUCAGUUUCAAGUCAACAAAUCCCUGUUCUGGAACUGUGUGCUAUCUGGUAGUCUUCAAGGUGGAGUCAUGAAAGGCAUCUCGGAUACGGAAGUACGCCUCAACGAUCGCUUCUUCCUGGGAGGGCCUACAAAUGUUCGAGGUUUCAACAUCAACGGACUCGGACCCCACACACAAGGUGACUACCAGGGUGGGGAAGCCUUCUGGGCGGGGGCCCUUCAUCUCUACACCCCUCUACCGUUCAUCAAGGCAGGACGGGGCGGGUUCGGGGAUGUCUUCCGGACUCAUUUCUUUGUCAAUGCAGGCAACCUUACGACAUUAGAUACAAAUAAUAUUUUUGGCUGGGAGGACCAUCUACAGAGACUAAGGCAGGACUUCAGGUGGAGCUACGGAGCCGGUCUGGUCCUGCGAAUCGGGUCCAUCGCCAGAUUUGAGCUCAACUACUGCCUUCCCCGGGCUGCUCAACCAACCGACAAUGUCUGUCAGGGAUUACAGUUUGGCAUUGGUGUCAGCUUCUUAUGAUAGGAAUCAACCAAUCACCAUCCCCUAUUGAGAUCAUGUGACUUGGCUGCUGAAAUGUACCAAAUGAGCUUCAUACCAGUGGAAAACUCAAGACCCAUUCAUCAUUGCUUCAAAAAAAACUUUUUUUUUUUUUUUUUCAAAAUGGGCUAUUUCAAGCUCAUUGGGUGAUUUCAAGUCCGGUGUUGGUGUUGAAAUUUGGAUUGCUUCCUCUAGCUCCAAAACUUAUCCAGAGUUUGUAAAACUGAUCCAGAUCACAUUAUUGACAUCUCAACAACCAGUGAGUGACUUUUAGGGACCAUCUUCAUUUUAUGUUUGGUGUUAUAUUCGUGUAAAAAUUGACCUAACACCAACACCUAUAGGUCAACACUGAACUUGAAAUCACCCAGUGUUGCCCUUUAGGUGUUGGUGUUAAAACAGUAUGUUACCUGGGGCACGUAACACAAAGCUUAGCAAUGAUCGUAGAACCAUCCGCGUAAUCAUGAACUCAAACAUUCAACAUCACUUUAUACUCGGUUCUCAAUGUUCUCUGUUGUCAUUGAACCAUAUACAGCUAGGUCUGCCGAAGUCAUAUGUGCAUGGACUCAAGAAAUAUGAUGUUUUAUUUGGGAAAAAUUCACCUUAUAAAGAGUAUAUAUAUGCCUCUUAUUUUGCUUAAACUGGUCUGACAGAUUGUUUCAUCUUAUGCAAGUAUUCAUUGUGUAAGGUCAACUGUAUAUAAUGUUUUCCAAACUAUAGAAUCAAUGCAGAAAUCAAUUCCAUUUUGUUUGAUACUCACUCUGAACUAUUUUGAUACAGCCCUCAUUCAGAAACUCAUGGUAACAUGAAAAAAAAAAUUGGUGAAGUACCACGAGUGGUAUUCAAUUCAAAGUACUGGUUGAUUGAGUAAAUUAUUAGGCAUUUUACUUGACUGUGCAUUUCAGCUGAAUUUUUUUCAGCAUACCUGUAUGUAUUUCAUCUUGGUAUUCAGAAUCUUGAGUUUCACUGGGGCAUGUAUGUUCAUGUUUAUUGUGAAUUUAAGGCCUGGUCCCACAAAACGUACUCAUAACGGAUACAGCGGACAAGCAAAAUAUCGGGGUAGCUCCAUCCGUUUUCAUCCGCUCCAGAAAAUGGACAAAAUGGGCAAACAAUGAAUUCACAGUGGACGGAUGCUCGAUGGAUAAAGAGCGUAUGAAACACGUAUGCAAAAUGUACACAACGGAUAUGUAACGUUUUCCAACAGAUGGCAAGUUUCUUUUCCGUUUUACAUCCUCUCUGCAUCUGUAAGUGCAGUGGGACCAAGCCUUUAUGAACAUCGUAUGGCUCAUUUGGAUAUAUGCACGGCAAAAAAAAAACAUGUCAUUCAUGUUUUUAUUUAUAUGUAUUAAUAACCAUGUUUGGUUGGGGCUUAGGCCAUUGUCACACCAACAAAACCGACCCCAGACCGAUCAAAGAUAUUAACAUUGUUUCAAAUAGCAUACUAUUGGUCAGUUUGGAGUCAUUUUCGUUUGUGACUGUGGCUUAAAAAGAUGGCUUCUAGCGGGAAUACGACUCGGCGCCUCUACACAUCUUUUCUUCCAGAUCCUGCAAAGUAAAAAAAAGUUGAAGAUCUGGGCCCCCGUCUUAAACAAAGAGUUGUGAUUGAUCUGAUCAACUAAAACUAUGGAAAGCCAGCAACGUCAACAUCUACAAUGCAUAUUUCCAGAUAUGCUGUAAAUCCACACAUUCAUUGAUUUCUUGAAAAUUCAGUGUGCUUCUCUUUGUUUACACAGGACAUUUUGCAAAUUCUUUGUAGAAAAAAAGAUGACAUCAAUGGAUUUCCAUACAGUUGAGGUUGAUCGGAUCAAUGGUAUCUCUUUGUGUGAAACGGGGCACAGGAAACUUGGUAACGCCACUUGGUCUCCGCCCGCUUCCUCUAUGUUCCAUUUGGUCCCAUCCCACAUGGUCUAAUCCUAGUUCGUCUGCAACCUGGGGGUGUUUCACAAAGAUUUAAGUAUGACUUAACUCGCACUCAAAUGACGACGCGUACAUGAUAUGCAGCCAGCGAUCUUAUCGAUAGAUACGCAUUAGUGCGCAUCCUCAUGACACGAUCUGACCAAUGCGGCCAAGCUUUUCAUAUUGUCCGCAACUCGGUAUUAAGUGUGACUCUAAGUCAAACUUAAAUCUUUGUGAAAGACCCCCCAGUUCAUAUACUAACCAUCCGUCUGAUUGCCAUUUAGCCAAUUUACUAUAUUGUUUAAUUUCCAGUUAGGCUAUGCCUAUUUCAUCUAAUAUCAAAUCGAUAGUGCAACACCAUUAGAUGAACUGUUUAUGAAUCAAUUAGUCAUUCGACAAAGUGCAGGAUAAAAAGUAGACAAAAUGGAAAUUAUACCAUCGGUUGGGUGUUUCGUAAAGCUGUUCGUAAGUUGAGAGCGACUUUAAGAAUGACUGGUGGUCCUUUCUUGUGGUAAGUGGUAUAUUCAUUGGCGAUGGUUUAGUGCAUAGGAAAGGUUCACCAAUCGUUUGUAAAGUCGCUCUCAACUUACAAACAGCUUUAUGAAACGGCCUCCUGGACGUUAAACAAAGUGGGACUAGACCAAAUGUAGUGUAGACCAAAAAGCAAUUAGAACAAUUUGAUAGCAAAUUGAUACCAAUUGGGUCUAAGCCCAUGUGGUGUUAGACAAUGAGAUGGAGACAAUUAUAUUUACCAUCCAAUGCAUGAUGUAUUGGUCUCAAUUGGGAUAAGAAUCUCAGAAGUCUUGCAGAUUUCUUCUUUUUUUUUUCGUUUGUCGUACGAGCUCUAGAUUUUGAAUCUAGCAAAAUUUAUGUGUGUAAUAAAUAUUAAAAUUAUUAAACUAUGAUGUUAAAUUUCCUCCAGAGAGGUGAUAUUAAAUCAUGUUUUAUUCUGAA